AUGUUGGCUUACCAUCGAAGGAGUUUUGGAGAUGGUAACCCACAACCUCUGAUAAAUCUUGUACGACGCUACUAUAACAACGGACUUGAGGAAUUAAUUGAUCCCCUUAUUAGAGAUCAAAUUGAUAGUCGGUGUUUUCAUAUAUUUAAAGAACUUGCAUACCAAUGCAUUAGCUACAAUGUCAAGGAACGCCCUACGAUGGAAACCGUCAUCGAGAGGAUUGAGGAUGCAAUGGAUUUUCAAGUUGACGGCUUCAAUGGAGGAGACGGCGACUUCCAGUCGUUCUCCAUCGUCCCUCUUUGUGAACUCCUUCCAUACUUCAAGUUCUUCGGCCUCACAAACAGAUUAAGUAAAGAAUUUGGUAUUCGAUUUGUGUUCUCUUUCAAGAACCCAUAUGAACGACUGGUUUAUGAUUUGCGAUUUCUGGAACUACUGAGGAAACUGGUGUUGCAGAUUUUGUUGGUGGUGGUGAAGGGUGAUGGUGGUGGGAGAUCUGAAGAGGAAAAUCAUAGAUCUGAAGCUGAAAUUGUAGAUCUGGAGCCAACCGAAACUUGUGGAUCUGAUGGCGAUGGUUCGUGGGCGGUAGGAGGCGGCGGCGGUUCGCCGACGGUAGAAGGCAGUGGCAAACAAGGGUGGUGGUUGGGGGGAGGUAUUGCUUCUAAGGUUAUCGACACCAUCGACAAUUUCUGUAAUUUUCUAAAAAAAAAAAUUGUACCAGAUGUCCAAGCAAGUCAACCCACGACUAUUGUAAGUAGGGUGGAUGUUGCUAUAAUGGAUGAUGAGAUAGACUCAAUAAUUUGA